AAGGAGCGGUUAGGGAAACUAGGUCGUAGUGGUGUGAGAGGAGAUAAGGGAUCCCCAGGGUCAGAGGGACCCCAGGGAGAGCCAGGGGAGUCGGACUCAGCAGGGUCUCUGUUCCAUUCUGCCUUCAGCGUUGCCAGAGGCACCGCCAGCCCUCCAGAGAAGGCCAGCCCCAUCAGAUUUACCUCUGUCAUCACUGAUGUUAACAAGGACUACAACACAGAGACUGGACGCUUCAGGAAAGUUAAAAUCAUGUUGUGUACGCCUCGUCUGACUGUCCUUUCAAUGCUGAGAGCCCGUACUGCAGCAUUUAAUGUCAGCAGAAGGACCCCCGGUGGCUCGCUACGUUCCCUCUCCCUCUUCCUCUCCUCCUAUUUUCUCCUUCCCUCUCCCGCUCCUCUCCCUCUCCUCCCCCUCUCCUCCCCUCUCCAGGUGAGUUCGGGGGGUCUGGCUACGUACUUGAAGAAGGAUCAGGAGGUGUGGUUAGAGACCAACGAUUACAACGGCAUGACGGGAAAACCUGAAGGGAACAGUCUCUUCUCUGGUUUCCUGCUCUACUCUCACUAACCUGAAGGGAACAGUCUCUUCUCUGGUUUCCUGCUCUACUCUCACUAUAUAUAUCUCUCUCUCUAUCCCUCCAUCCAUCCAUCCAAUCAAUCAAUCAAUCAAUCAAUCAAUUAAUGAAUUACUUAAUAAUGUUCUUCUAUUAUUCUGUUUUGAACAGUAAAGGCGUUUUAACUCAUGA